AUGGGAAGCCAAAAGCACCGACUCAAGGAAGCGUUAUUGAGGAAAAACGGAGGGCAUCUGGAUGAUUCGGCAUCCGUUGUCAGUGGUGCGUUCUCUAUGGGAGAGCCAAUAAACAUACCUCCAAAUGUUGUUUCUCCCGAAACUAUUGUUGAAGAAGAAUUCUCGGCCAUCGUCGACGGAAUGAAGGAGACUUCUAUUGGUGCCAGCGAUCCAGUGACGGGCAGACCACACCGGCCAAGCCAAUCUCAAACCAGCGACGCUCGCCGGCCGUCAGUAACCAGCAAAACAGACAGCGACGAAGUCACAGUGUCUCGAUGCCUCUUCUGCAACCACAACUCCACAGACAUAGAUGAGAGUAUUUCGCACAUGCAUAAAUCACACGGAUUGUUUAUUCCCGAACAGGAUUAUCUGGUUGACUUGGAAGGAUUGAUUAAAUACCUUCAGGCUAAAGUCAUGCAGAACAACGAGUGUCUUUACUGUCACAAACUGAAAACCACGACUCCUGGCAUUCAAACCCAUAUGAGAGACAAGGGUCACUGUAUGAUUGCAUUUGAAUCUGAAGAAGAAAUGAUCGAGAUUGGCCAGUUCUACGACUUCACAAGCACAUAUUCAGAUGGAGAGGAAGAUUCGUCAGAUCAACCUCGGAACGGCGCUGCUGAUGGAAGUGCGGAAGAAGACGACGGUUGGGAGACUGAUACGUCCGUGUCAUCUCUUGAUUCUGAUGAGUUAGGUGCUGUCCCGAUUGACGACCGUUCACACCAAUAUUUGAAGCUCUCGAAGCAUAAGCACCACUCUAAUAAUCCACGAUCCCACCGUAACGCUGACGGCUUCCAUUCGCAUGCGCACGAGCACACAAAUGCAGUUUUCUAUUCUGAUUUUGAAUUGCACUUGCCAUCCGGUCGUACCGCCGGUCAUCGGUCACUUGCCAGAUAUUACAGACAAAACCUCCAUCACUACCCAACCCCGGAGGAGCGUCUGUCACGUCAGCAGGCAAUAGAGGCGGGGCCUUCCGGUGAAUCUCAAGAGGGCGAGGAAGCUGCUGACUCUCAAAAUAAGAAUCGCGCUCUUAUUUCUCGGGCCAAUGGCGGUAUUGGGAUGCUUGGUGCCACGUCGAGCCAGCGACGAGAGGUUCAGGCUGCAGAGGAUCCGCUUCUUCAGUGA